AAAUGUUUGCGUUACUUUAACCGGUUGAUUUUUGUACAUUAUGGCUAAAUGUUAAGAUGAGCGUUGGUAAAAGAAAAUUCACCCAGCACAUAAUCCCAAACCCUCAAACUUUCAAAUACAAAGAUGGUUCAUCGGUGGGAAAUAGCGAACUCCCUGAGCCAAUGUGGUGUUCGUCUGUUCCUAUGCCGAUCGACUACGAAGAAUAUGUUACAAAAAAUAAGGCACUAAUAGUCAAUGAUCCAUUUCGGGAAACAUUACUUUUUCCUCAAGACGAUUUGAAGGUAAUUAAAAUUCCUCAUUCCCGUCGAUCGUUGGGAAGUGCUGUUCCACAAGCUGCACUUAAGCCUGAUUUAUUUGUUUCCAAUUCAUUAGCACGUCAUGCUGUAUCAUUUUUUGCCACAACAGAAUGGUGUUAUAUUCAACAACUGUCUUCCGUUUAUCGUGGAAAUUUUCUAAUGCUUCCAUUUAAAAAUGAUAUCAAUGAAUUAGCUGGAACAUUAUCUGAAUAUUGGUUUUCAAUUGAUCAUUCAAUUUUAUCUGAUCAAGAUAAUAUCAACCAUCUUUUAGCUUCUAAUCAUAUAUCAACUAAUAUGGGGCAAAAAUUACGAUCAACUAGUGGAUUUCAAGUACGUAGUCGUCGAUCAGCUACAACUGGUCUAGUUAGAACUGGUCAAACUGUAUCUGAA